GUUUACGUCUGUCGUCUGUCUUUCACCAUUACUGAACUGUUUCCUCUAGGUUAUAGUUUCUCGUCGUCAGUGGUUGUGUUUAUUUGAAUGUGUUUAUUAUCAACGCAAGGAAAAAGUUAUAUAAACUAUCAAAUAAAAAAAAAUCAUACGUAAGUUGUGAUUUAUCCAACAGUAAUAUAUUGAUGCUGUGGUUCUACUACAAACAACUUUAAUUCAAUUAAUGUGGUAGAGUAGUAUGAAUAGUAGAGGUUAACCAACUUUGAAAAGCACAUGAUUUAUCUGCAUUAUAGCUGAAAUAGACUACCAUGCAGUCUUGGCCAGAAUUAGACAUGUGUUUGAUCACAUAUCCCUGCAAUACAAACUUUGAAGGCAUUUCCAGUGAAAUAAUAUCAAAUUUGCUUCAUGGAAACUUCAUAGCAAACCUCAAUGGAUCUCUGUGUCAAGAUAUUUUGUCAUCCACUAAACUGAAAAAUUCUUUUGAAGAAGACCUAAAAGGAAAUAUUCAAGAAUAUCUCAAUUCUCAAGGAGACAAGACUAAACAUUACGAAGUGCUUUGUCUUGGAGUUUCAAGUUUACAGUUAUUUGUGCAAGUGAAUUGGACGGGCCCUCCAGAUUGUAUAAAAUACAAUCCUCCCCUUCAAUUCUUGAGGAAGUCUCUAGUCAAUGGAGAUGAUUGUUCAGAGAGUGAAUGGAUGGACAAACUAUCUACAGAACUUGUGUUAGAUGGAGAGGCCAUUUCACCAAACAUCCAGAACUUGGAACUGUUACUUGUGGCUCGAGCUGUCUUAAAUGCUUCCUUUGAGGAAAUUGUGAGUGCAAAAUGGUGGCGUCUGCGAUGUUUGAUGAUACACCAGCAGGUGUUGGAGGAACGGUCUCCCAUCAUCUACAGCCAGUUAAAGGACUUGCUACAACAGCUGAGUGAGUGUGAGAGCGUGGUCACAUCGUCUGCCCUCUCAGCCCAGUUACAACUGGAAGCAGCCAGUCUUUGGUUCCACUACAGUCAUGUCAGCAACGCAGGCGAAGCAGUAAAGGCAGCUCACAAGCAACUCGGAUUGAGUGUUAGUCUUGUUGGUGCUCUGGGAAAGAGAACAAAGUUCCAGGAGAAAGAAGUUGCUCAGCUGACACUUUGUGUGGACGUAGAUAGAGACAGCAAUGGUGCUGCAGACACAGCUUUACCUCCAGAUGCUUCUUGUCUUCCAAAGGAUGUCAGACUCGAAGAUGAUGUAAGGCUGAAUCAGAUUGCCUUCUCGGACUCGGACAUCAGCAAUUUUCCUAUGUUAACACCUGCAGAGCAAGCUGCCAUCUUAGCCGCAUGUAUGCACAAGCAGAAAAGUCAACCUAAAGACAACCUUCAUUUAGAGGAGAUUUAUCCGUACUUGACAUGUCUUACAGCCCAGCCCAGAGUGUGGGCCAUACAGAUGUCAGCUCUGUUGCAACGCUCCAAGCUGGACUCGGAACACAGGAGGACUGUGGAGCGGGGGCUGAUGCAGUUUCAGAGCCUGUCGGAGAGUGUAAGACAGCAAGAGCCAUAUACAGUGUCACGUCUGGCCUGGGUGUAUUGCUCCUACUUGCCCCCUGCGUGGAGACUGGAAGCUCUGCUGGCACACACCUACGUGUCUCUGGGGAUGGUACAGACUGCCCUUGACAUCUUCCUCAGGCUGCAGCUCUGGGAGGAGGUCAUAGCAUGCUACAACUUCCUCAAACUGAGACACAAGGCCGCAGAAAUCAUUCGUCAAGAGUUGGAGAAGAAGCAGACUGUAAACCUGCUGUGUUUGCUUGGCGAUGCCACCGACGAUGUCGACUGUUACAAGCAGGGUUGGGAGCUGUCAGGAGAGAGGAGUGGACGAGCACAACGCCACUGGGCCAUGUACUACUUCAGCCGCAAACAGUACGCAGAAAGUAUCCCUCACUUGGAGAAGUCACUCAGUAUCAACAGUCUGCAGGAGUCACUGUGGUUCCGACUGGGCUACGCAGCUCUGGACCAGGAGAACUGGAAACUGUGUGCCACAGCGUACCGCAGAUACUGUGCACUGGAGCCAGAUUGCUUUGAAGCAUGGAACAACCUGGCAAAGGCAUACGUGAAGACUGGCCAGAAGGAUCGAGCUUACCGGGCGCUGCAGGAGGCUGUUAAAUGUAACUAUGAGAACUGGCAGGUGUGGGAUAACAUGAUGGCUGUCAGCACUGACUGUGGCUUGUACGAUGAGGUUAUUCGCAGUUACCAUCGUAUUUUGGACCUGAAGGAAAAACAUCUUGACUUAGAGGUGCUGAAGAUUUUAAAAACUGUAGCUGUGAGAGAAAACUCAAACGUUGGGAAUCUGGAAAUAAAAAUGUUAAGAAAACAAGUUUUAAAACUGUUUGGCCGUCUUACCUCUCAGGUAAUGAACAACUCAACACUAUGGAGGCUGUAUGCAGAAGUGGCUGCUACUGAAGAACCUACUCCUGAAAACAGGACAAAGAUAGCUCAGUAUCUGCAACAUGCGUACAGAGCUGGCACUCAGGGCUCCUGGGAAAGGGAUACUGACACCUGUCUACAGGUCAUGGAUCUCUGCAUGGAUUUGGCUGAAGCUUAUAUUCAGUGCAGUAUGCGGCAUUGCCAUUCAAAUGAGAAGGUUCAAAUGCUGUCAUCAGCAAAACUUCCUUUAAAAAGCGUUCUCACAAAGAUAGAGAAAGAACAGACAGACUUGGUUACCGGAGAGCUCCCAGAAAGCUUAGCUUCUAAACACAAGUCAUUAUUAUCUUGGUAUGAAAAAAUUGUUGAUGAAAUCCAGAGACUGCAGGCCAGUUGAAAGAUGUUUUAUUAAAAUGUUCUUUAUAAAA